AUGAAACUGAUGGCCAUGAGUCCGAAAUAUUACUUUCAGGAGGGCUGGAAUAUAUUCGAUUUCAUUAUUGUUGCACUUUCACUUCUUGAACUAGGUCUGGAAGGAGUUCAAGGCCUUUCCGUUUUGAGAUCAUUUCGAUUGUUGCGCGUUUUUAAAUUAGCUAAAUCGUGGCCAACGUUAAACUUGCUUAUAUCCAUCAUGGGCCGUACGGUUGGUGCCCUAGGCAACUUAACGUUCGUAUUAUGUAUCAUUAUCUUCAUAUUCGCCGUAAUGGGAAUGCAAUUAUUUGGCAAAAACUAUACAG